UUUUCUACACACCGCGGAGCGGUCUGCUCUUUCUGGGAUGACGAGAUGAAUUUUUUAUGGGCGAUCAGCUUAACAUAAGUACCGCGAGGAGGCAUUAAUGGCAGAUUAAAAAGCUUUUCCAUUACAAUGACGUUUAAAGCCUCAUUUAGCCGGCCUACCUCCCUCCGGUCCGCGCAGUUCGACCACCCUUCCUCAUCCCCUCGUAUCGAUUGCAGCACGGAGCCUGUAGCUGUUCUCCCUUAAAAUACACGCACAUCGACAUGCACGGACAUCUGCCCGAUCCUCACUACCUACCCUACAGCGGUAACCCCGUCCUGGCUAUGGCCUACUGCUAUCUAAUCCAAGGCAAGUGCCUCACCGUGCGAAACGACCUGCCGUUCGAGAUGCAAUACGUUUGCGAGGUGGACUGCAAGCCUGUGUGCCUGCAACCAUGCCAGCCCUGUCCACCGUGCCGUGUCCCGUGCGAAAUGAAGAUAUGCACUCCUCCUAGCUGCUCUUGUUGUCCACCCUGUUCUCAACCCUGUGAUCCAUGUUGCGCUCCUGUUUGUCCACCAGCUCAACCAUGCGCUGUUAAUUGUCCACCCUGCGGGGGAGAAACUGUGACCAUUGUUGAACCAGUGUGCAGACCGAAUGUUCAGAAAGGAGUGUGCAGUUGA